GGAACGCGGAGCGGCUGAACGGGCCGGCGGCCAUUUUGUGAGGCAGCGGAGGAGGUGUUGGCUGCGGCGGUGGGCUCCGGGAAGCCGUUCGGGCUGGGGCUGUCGGCCGCGGGGCGGAGGCGCUCGCGCGGGGGGUAACUCAGGUCUGGGUUCUGGUGCCGCCCAAGCUCUCCCCGGAUUGACUUGGCCUCUUCUUCUUAUUAAGAAAAUACAUCUCUUGUGUACUCAGGUGUGUGUGGUUUCAGCGCAGCAUGGCUGUGGUCAUCCGUUUGCAAGGUCUCCCAAUUGUGGCGGGGACCAUGGACAUUCGUCACUUCUUCUCUGGAUUGACCAUCCCUGAUGGGGGCGUGCAUAUUGUAGGGGGUGAACUGGGUGAGGCUUUCAUCGUUUUUGCCACUGAUGAAGAUGCAAGGCUUGGUAUGAUGCGCACAGGUGGUACAAUUAAAGGGUCAAAAGUAACACUGUUGUUAAGUAGUAAAACGGAAAUGCAGAAUAUGAUUGAACUGAGUCGUAGGCGUUUUGAAACUGCCAACAUAGAUAUACCACCAGCAAAUGCUAGUAGAUCAGGACCGCCACCUAGUUCGGGAAUGAGUGGCAGGGUAAAUUUACCUACAACAGUACCCAACUUUAAUAAUCCUUCACCAAGUGUAGUUACUGCUACAACUUCUGUUCAUGAAAGCAACAAAAAUAUACAGACAUUUUCUACAGCCAGCGUAGGAGCUGCUCCUCCAAAUAUGGGGGCUUCUUUUGGAAGCCCAACGUUCAGUUCCACUAUUCCGAGUACAGCCUCUCCAAUGAACACAGUCCCACCACCACCAAUUCCUCCAAUCCCAGCAAUGCCAUCUAUGCCACCGAUGCCAUCCAUUCCCCCAAUACCAGUUCCUCCUCCAGUACCUACAUUGCCUCCUGUGCCUCCUGUUCCUCCUAUUCCCCCAGUCCCUUCUGUGCCACCUAUGACCCCACUACCACCCAUGUCAGGCAUGCCACCCUUGAAUCCUCCACCUGUGGCACCUCUACCUGCUGGAAUGAAUGGCUCUGGAGCACCUGUGAAUCUGAACAAUAACAUGAACCCUAUGUUUUUGGGUCCAUUAAAUCCUGUAAACCCUAUCCAGAUGAACUCUCAAAGCAGCGUGAAGCCACUUCCCAUCAACCCUGAUGAUCUGUAUGUUAGUGUGCAUGGAAUGCCCUUUUCUGCAAUGGAAAAUGAUGUCAGAGAUUUUUUCCAUGGGCUCCGUGUUGAUGCAGUGCAUUUGUUAAAAGAUCAUGUAGGUCGAAAUAAUGGGAAUGGAUUGGUUAAGUUUCUCUCUCCUCAAGAUACAUUUGAAGCUUUGAAACGAAACAGAAUGCUGAUGAUUCAACGCUAUGUGGAAGUUAGCCCUGCCACAGAGAGACAGUGGGUGGCUGCUGGAGGCCACAUCACUUUUAAACAAAGUAUGACACCUUCUGGACAAGCCCAUCCCCCUCCUCAAACACUUCCCAGGUCAAAAUCGCCUGGUGGGCAGAAAAGGUCAAGGUCAAGGUCGCCACAUGAGGCUGGUUUUUGUGUUUACUUGAAAGGACUACCAUUUGAAGCAGAAAACAAACAUGUCAUUGAUUUUUUUAAGAAGUUGGAUAUUGUGGAAGAUAGUAUUUAUAUAGCUUAUGGACCCAAUGGGAAAGCAACGGGUGAAGGCUUCGUAGAGUUCAGAAAUGAGGCUGACUAUAAAGCUGCUCUAUGUCGUCAUAAACAGUACAUGGGCAAUCGUUUUAUUCAAGUUCAUCCGAUUACUAAGAAAGGUAUGUUAGAAAAGAUAGAUACAAUUCGAAAAAGACUUCAGAAUUUCAGCUAUGACCAGAGGGAAGUUAUGUUAAAUCAAGAGGGGGAUGUCAACUCUGCCAAAGUCUGUGCCCACAUAACAAAUAUUCCAUUCAGCAUUACGAAGAUGGAUGUUCUUCAGUUCCUAGAAGGAAUCCCAGUGGAUGAAAAUGCUGUACAUGUGCUUGUUGAUAACAAUGGGCAAGGUCUAGGACAGGCAUUGGUUCAGUUUAAAAAUGAAGAGGAUGCACGUAAGUCUGAACACUUACACCGUAAAAAACUGAAUGGGAGAGAAGCUUUUGUUCAUGUAGUUACCCUAGAAGAUAUGAGGGAGAUUGAGAAAAAUCCCCCUGCCCAAGGAAAAAAGGGAUUAAAGAUGCCUGUGCCAGGUAAUCCUUCAGUACCAGGAAUGCCUGCUGCUGGAAUGCCUGCUGCUGGAAUGCCCACUGCGGGAAUGCCCACUGCGGGAAUGCCUGCUGCGGGAAUCCCCGCUGCGGGAAUCCCCGCUGCUGGAAUCCCUGCUGCUGGAAUCCCUGUUGCUGGAAUGCCUAGUGCAGGAAUGCCCACUGCUGGAAUGCCUGGUGCACCACUGCCGAGUGCUGCACUGCCUGGUGCAGGACCUAUACCUGGUGCAGGAAUACCUGGUGCAGGAAUACCUGGUGUGGGAAUUCCUGGUGUGGGGAUGCCCAGUGCAGGGAUACCUGGUCCAGGGAUGCCCGGUCCAGGGAUGCCCGGUGCAGGAGGUGAAGAACAUGCUUUCCUGACUGUAGGAUCAAAGGAAGCCAAUAACGGGCCUCCAUUUAACUUCCCUGGUAAUUUUGGUGGGUCAAAUGCCUUUGCACCCCCACUCCCUCCUCCAGGAUUAGGAGGGGCCUUUGGUGAUAUUAGGCCUGGUAUGCCUUCAGUUGGAAGCAGUGGUUUGCCUGGUCUAGGACUGGAAGUUCCAGGAUUUGGAGGUGGACCAAAUAAUUUAAGUGGGCCAGCAGGAUUUGGAGGGGGGCCUCAGAAUUUUGGAAAUGGCCCUGGUAGUUUAGGUGGCCCCCCUGGCUUUGGAAGUGGUCCUCCUGGUCUUGGAAGUGCACCUGGGCAUUUGAGUGGGCCUCCAGCCUUUGGACCUGGCCCUGGCCCUGGCCCUGGCCCUAUCCAUAUUGGUGGUCCCCCUGGAUUUGGAUCUAAUUCUGGAAAACCAGGACCUACAGUUAUUAAAGUACAGAACAUGCCCUUCACUGUGUCUAUUGAUGAGAUUUUAGAUUUCUUUUAUGGUUAUCAAGUAAUCCCAGGCUCAGUGUGUUUAAAAUACAAUGAGAAAGGUAUGCCUACAGGUGAAGCUAUGGUAGCCUUCGAAUCUCGAGAUGAAGCCACAGCUGCUGUUAUUGACUUAAAUGAUAGGCCUAUAGGCUCAAGAAAAGUAAAACUUGUAUUAGGUUAGCUGUUCACAUCAGUUCUUUAUGGGCAGAUUUUCAUAUUCCUGUGAUUAAUGCAUCCAGAUUGUUUUCUUAGUAUUUCCAGGUUAGAACCUGUGGAUUGUCCCAAUUGCAUUUAGAUUGGUUUUUAUAACAUAGAGCAUUGGUUGACUGUUUACAAUUCACUUCCAGGAUCAAUAUUGCUGUAUGUUACAGUAAAUUAUCUGGAAAGAACACAAAAAAUGAUUUUGGCUUACCAUUAGGGAAACCAUUUGUAAAAUUCAACGACAUAUAUAGUUUAUCAAGGAGUCUAGAUUGGUUUUGUUUUAUACCAUAUGGGAUUAAGAUAACAGAAAUGUCAGUGGAGCUCAUCAAGGGUG